AUGCCAGCUUGUCCUCGUUGCGGUCGUAAUGAUAAAGUGUAUUAUUGGUCGGAUUAUGAUCGUCCUGGUGCUACUUUUUAUGCUACUGCUGAUCUUCGUGCUGAUGUUCUUACUCUUCUUGCUCUUGCUCGUGGUGGUGGUGAUGCUGAUGGUCCUCAUUGUCCUGGUCGUCUUGUUGGUCUUGCUGCUGGUAGUGCUUAUCGUGCUGGUUAUGAUGGUGAUGCCGCUCGUUAUACUCGUGUUCGUAAUGAUCCUGGUGCUCGUUUUGCUGAUCUUGGUGCUGCUUAUGCUCUUGGUGCUCUUGAUGCUGCUGCUGCUCGUGCUCGUGAUGGUUAUAUCGGGGAACGAACUAAGUGUUGUUUCUUUAGACCCACUGGUUCGGGCAGAGAUCACAUUUGCGAUUAUAAACAUUGA